AUGCCACAGCCAUCUAACGUCGGCGCCGCUAGGGACGAAAUCGCCUGCAUCCUCCUACGUGGUUCAUGCCAAGAUCUCAACGACAAACGCAAUCGGUUCGUCCCACGAGGCAGUUUAGUGUCCCAACUCGACCACAAGAAGGUAUCAACUUUGUUAGGCACACUUAUUCCUUCCGACACCACUAAAGUCGCCGAUAUUGCACAUUUCAUUAGUCCCGGCAAGCACAAAGGAUGUCUUUGUGACGAUGCUUUGUGCACGGGACUGAGAAUCAUCUUCGCGACAUUAUUCAUACUAGGCAAACCGGAAGUAAUAUUGGAUAUUUACCAAUCUCCGGUUCAUAUCUGUGAUGGAGCAUGGCCAUGCAGCGACCCGACCUUGCCAACCUACUCCUCUCGUGCUGCUGAGGCCCUUCGGGAAGUCUUGCAAGCCCUAGAUGCACGUAAUGAGGAGCUAUUUCACCAGCUGCAAUGGCAAAUGAGGUCUCCAUAUUUCAGUAUAUCGGGUACAAAUACUAGCAAGCAGCCUUACCGUCUGUUGCAUGAUGAAAUCACAUUGCCGUGGUCAGAGCUCAAUAUGCAGGGGGAAAUACUCGAUGGGCAAGUCUCAUUUGUGCAAAAAAUCAGCAUUCACCGAGAUCAUCACGACUUUUUAGACGCAAGUUUGCAGAUCGAACGGAUCACCACUUAG